CUUGCGGUAGCCUAGCCUAUUUAGGGGCUGAACGAGAGGAGAGGCUACACUAUUCAGAUGAUUAACGGGACAACACGCGGGAAUUAUAAUCCUUACACUGAAGAAGACAGAUAAGAGCAAAAUUCGCUUAAUACUGAAGACAGGUAAAAGAACGAGCUGAUCCAGAUUAUUCAGUGCUUUUGGAUCUGGAAUUGGUGCGCAGAGGGUAUUGAAAAUGCCUCGGUCAUUCUUGGUGAAGAGCAAAAAAGCUCACAGCUACCACCAACCGAGGUCCAUAGAAGAGGACUACAGCAAGCUUGACACAAUUUUAGCGCACAUAUAUGCAGAAAACAAGAUUCUCGACGAGACAGGAUGCUGCGCGAGCCCACUGGCUGCUGAUUCUCGGGGCAGCUUUUCCCCGGAAUCUCACCUGGUGGACACCGCAGACCUCUCUUCUAAGUCACCCCUCAGUUGCGAAGGUAGCAUGUGCGGUCGAUCUUCGGACUACGAAGAUUUAUGGAGGCCUCCGUCUCCUUCGGUCUCACCAGCAGAUUCUGAGAAAUCUUUUUCGCCUUCUGUGGAUGAGACACAUCCUUUCGCCGUUCCCUUCCGACCUUAUGCGUGGAGUAAUUAUUCCGGAUCCGAAUUCAGGCAUCUCGUCCAGCCUACGUAUCACCCUGCUGACCUGGAGCAUCCUCACCUCGCUGGCGUGGACCGGAGCUCAUCCAUGGGUCUCUACGGAGACAGAGCUGCAGAGACCUCCCUCUUCACAGAGCGGAGUACCACCGUAGGACAUUACAAUGACUUCAGCUCCGCUGCCAGUCUGUUUGAGACUGGAUUGUACUCGAACCACAGCGUGCACAGCAAAGUCCCCGAAAUCAAGGCUGAAUCAGAUCUACUUUGUACUCGCCUUCUGUUGAACGGGUCCUACAAAUGCAUAAAGUGCAGCAAGGUAUUCUCCACGCCGCAUGGUCUCGAGGUUCAUGUGCGCAGAUCGCACAGCGGGACAAGGCCGUAUGCUUGUGAAAUCUGUGGAAAAACAUUCGGCCACGCUGUUAGCCUGGAGCAGCACAAAGCCGUACACUCUCAGGAAAGGAGCUUUGACUGCAAAAUUUGUGGUAAAAGCUUUAAAAGGUCGUCCACCCUCUCCACACAUCUACUCAUCCAUUCGGAUACCCGGCCUUACCCCUGCCAGUACUGCGGGAAGCGGUUCCACCAGAAAUCGGACAUGAAGAAACACACGUUCAUCCACACGGGCGAAAAACCGCACAAGUGCCAAGUGUGUGGAAAAGCCUUCAGUCAGAGCUCCAAUCUGAUCACUCACAGUCGAAAGCAUACUGGAUUCAAGCCAUUCGGUUGUGACCUCUGCGGUAAAGGAUUUCAACGAAAAGUGGAUUUGAGAAGACACAAAGAAACUCAACAUGGACUAAAAUGAAUAACCAAUAAUCAGAUCAAGCUUGGCUUAAGCUUUAGACUAAUAACGAUGGACGUAAAGGUGCUGAAACGCUAGUGAAGGAAUUCCAGAAUUAUUGGUUAUUAUUAGUAGCCUAUUAUUUUUCAAUGAGGGUGUUAUCUAGAUAAAUGUGCUUGUUUAUCUGGACGUUCAAUCUUUACAUGGACGUUUCACAGAUAUUUGAAUCAUGAUCUCCGCGAUGAAGGACAGUCUAAGAAAAGACUCUACGAAACACUGGAUCAAGUGGAGCAGAAGCAGUUUUAAUUAUUGAUUUUAAGUAUUAAUUUGUUUUCUUAUGAUCUGCGGGGGCUUGAAAAACAGACACUACGAAAAAAAUCGAACGAAUAAUAAGCUGGUCGUGUAUUAGAUACAUGACGCAAAUAUCCAGCAUUUUCAGCAUUUUCAAAUACUUUUUUCAAAUUAUAUUCUACUGGUGAUCGGUAGACAAACGAGCGAUUACUAGGUCUUUAUAUUGUUAAAAUAGAGUUCAGAAUUACACAUUUGUAUUUAUAUUAUUGAAAUUGUUAUUAUUCCUUAUCAUGAAUGAGGGUGGGGGAAUAAAAGAUUAUGCAAUAGCUGUUGAGAAAUGCCGUUUAUACAAUGCAGUUAUACGUUAUAUAUUGGACUAAAUGGUAAUGGUAUAUAGCGCCUUUAUCCAAAGCGCUGUGCAAUUUAAUGCUUCUCAUUCACCUCAUUCACCCAUUCACCCAUUCAACGGCGAUUGGCUGCCAUCCAAGGCGCCGACCAGCUCGUCAGGAGCAUUUGGGGGUUAGGUGUCUUGCUCAGGGACACUUCGACACAGCCCGGGCGGGGGAUCGAACCGGCAACCCUCCGACUACCAGACGAUUGCUCUUACUGCCUGAGCCAUCUCGCCAGGACUAAUGUAUAUUCAGUGCAUAUAUCUUAAACCUAAUUUAUUGUCUAAAUAGUUUUUGAAUAACUAUAAUGAAAACGAUUUUUCUAGUAUUCAUGUAGGGUAGGCCUACGUGUGCAUUUUCAAAUCAAAUCAAGCUUUUCUUAUGACUUAAGUUUUUAUGAAAUGUAUGCAACAUGCUUUCUGUAAGCAUGUAUGGUCACAGAACAUUAAAUCAUUAAGCCAUGAAACAAGUGGUUUAUCAGUGAAUAAUCUUUUCAAUUAAAUUAAUUUGUAGCUCUGGUUUGCUACAUCUGAUUAAUGGCUAUAGCUUACGUUUCGUAUGUCUAUAUGCCUACCUGCAACAUGCAACUUUCCUAUAGCCUAGAGGGCAAUUUCCGCCUAUUUUGCACUAGUCCUGUAAAAGUCUCAAUAUCUCCAAAACUAUUUACUGCACACACAUGGUUGAAUACAUUUAUGUCAGAGCAUGUACAUACAGUGUACACAAAAACCCCAAUGUUUUUUGAGUUUAGCACUGAAUAUCUCAAGUCAAUGACCAAUCCAAAGCUACUUUAUAUUUAUGCACAACUCGAUGUCAACGUAUGUACAAAAUAUGUUAAAUAUAUCGACGGGCAUUCAAAAGUGUCCCCAAAUAUUUCCAAAUACAAAAUAACAGCAUAUCUUUUUGUCCAGACGCAUGACGCAUGAAAAUGUUUUAAUAAAAAAUGUAAAUUCACGUGUUUUAUUCACAUAUAUGAGAGCAUGCGCAAAGUGUUCAAAAUGCACUCCAACCGUACUCAACCUAACGCUUUCUAACAAAUCUGCAUCACAUUUAAAAUUGAACUUAGGUUAACGAGAGCCCCGUUAGCCAGUACAAUUACAGGUUUAUCUGUAGCAAGUCCAAAUCCUGUAAUUAAGCACAUCUGUAUAUUCAUUCAGCAAGGCGAACUCAGCGAUAUUUCUCAACUGUCCGUCGCCUGAAUAUGACACAUUUAUGCCUUGUUGGAAAGGGUAGGAAACCUUGUACAACAAGUGUGGCAUGUUUUAACGUUACAUUAGUUCGGAGCUGGAAUGGCCUAGGCUACAUUUAUGCAACAAUAACGAGUAGUUCGUGACUGUAUUUGCUUAGGUAGCCUAUAAUCCCGACACAAAAAUAAUUUUUUCUCGAAAAUGUCUGAACCGUUUACGAAAUAAACUUCAAAGUUAGUCAGAAAACAAUCGUAGCUUCAUGACCAGGUGGGUCUGCGACGAGGUUCCAUAACUAUGUCUGUAUCGAGUAAUUUGCAAAACAAACUUGUAAUUC